AUGACUGACGACAUGUUCCCAAACGCGCCGGCGCGUGGAAAAUGUGAGCUCUGGAUAGGAUAUACCCACGUUAAAAGCUUAUUGAAUUUGGCAGAAAUUCAGAUUAGGCCGCCUUCUGUGAGAGCCGCUAAUGGAAACAGAGAAAAGCCUCGUCAAAAGAACACCUCUAAAGUUGAGGAUAAUAAUGUUAAUUCUCAAUCGUUUGAUGAUGGUACAUUAUUUUCAUCUUUGUCACCUAAUAAAGAGCAAAUCCUCACUCUCUUCGAGCAUAUACAGUCUUCUAUAGCUAAAGGCGAGACCCAGAAAACCCGCAAGAAGAAAUCUAAACGUACUGCUUAUAGUAAUGAUAAUAAUAUGAUGUCGGCCGAAUCAAUACUAGAGGUCCUUUUCCAGUCGAGAACCCAGCAAAAAGGAAAAACUACGGUGAACAAAGGGGAGGAUAAAUUAGUAGGCCUGCAGAAGGAUUCUCCACAGGAAGAGAAAGAAAAUACUGAACUUAAAUCGAUAAGGCCGCCUUCACAAUUCACUCGAAGAUCUCCAAUACCUCGUCCAUCAAGCCCAAGAUUCGAAGUUGGGGUGAUAAACGGAAGAAUUUUGUCAACAGACAAUGAAGAUAGCAAGAAAGUAGAAAAAUUUGAAGAAAUGAAAUCGAGCCCAAAAUAUGAAGUUGGGUCGGUAAACGGAAGAUUUGUAUCGACAGACAAUGAAGAAGAUAGCAAGGAAGUAGAGAAAUUCAAAGAAAUGAAACUCGCUGAAUUGAAAGAAGUUGCAAAGUGUAAAGGGAUCAAGGGUUACUCGAAACUGAAAAAGAGUGAGCUUUUGGAGCUCCUUAUUAGCAAUGGUGUUUGAUUUUCGGUUUGGGAGGGGAUCUGUGUUUUGGUGUUUUUAUUAUUUAUUCAUGGUAUUAGUGUUUUUUGCUAGGUUCUCCAGAAAUUUUCCUUGUGUAUGAACUGCAAUUUCUUGGAAGAAUUCAGAGUAUGUUCUGCAGAAAAAAAUUCAUGCUUAUGAAUUAUUUAUAAAGAAACUAGCAGAACAAGGAGUAUGUAUUAUCCAUAGCCUCUCUAUAUUGAAGUUUCACAAUAAGUACACACUUUUGCUUAGAAAAUAUGACUUGAC